GUGCAGAGUUCGUCUACAGCGGACGUGUCCGCUAGAGCGAACCCGGGAGCGGGGAAGUUCACGCCACCUGUGAUGUCUGCGCCGACACGUCGAACGCUCUCGUGGUCCUUGUGAAGGACGCGCCAUCCACCACGGGUCGGGCAGCAGCCGUGAUGAAGAACGCGUGGCUGCGAGCCUUCGUGCUGGUGUGCGUGCUCGUGCUGCUGCUGCUGGUGUUCUACGUCGCGCAGGACCAGGGCUGGACAGAGUCCUGCGGACGAGGGCACAGCGAGUGGGUGGCACGUUCGCGGUGUACCUUGGCGCCCCUCGUGACCUGGGGUCGGAUUCUGUCGACAAAACCAACGGGCACGGACGCGGCGGCGGCGGUCGACCCCUCAACCGCGGAGCCCGCGGCGGCGGCGGCGGCGACCCCGACGGCAUGGGACCCGGACCGCGGCGAGAGCGUCGACGCGACGGUCAAGGAGUGGCUCCGCGCGAAGGGCAAGAGCGGUGACGACGACGACGAUUACCGUCUGGAGGCGAACAAAUUCGCGGCGAACUGCGGACGGAGCCUGCGCGGGGUGACUGCUGCAGACCAAACCCUCAAGUCCGUAUUCCGAUUCGACCUUCCCGUGCUUCUGUGGAGCGACCACAUCACCGCCGGUGAAUUCGAGCGCCUGAGCAAUUACCGCACUCCCUACGGCUGGAAAGGGAUGAACUGGACUGACUUGGAAGAGGCGAAGGAGGCCCUGGGGCGGCCCGAGCACCGUGAGAUGUUCGACGUGGCGACGCGAGAGCGCGAGCCGACGGCGUGCGUGCGCUGCGCCGUCGUGGGGAACGGAGGCAUCCUUGCCGGCUCGGGCAAGGGCGAGGAGAUCGACGCUCAUGACCACGUGUUCAGGGUCAACGGCGCCAUAACAGCCAAUUUUGAAAAAGACGUCGGAACAAGAACCUCGUUCUACUUUUUUUCGACAAACACCUUGGCAAACUCGAUGGCCGCAUACAAGCAUUUCGGGUUCAAACACCCGCCGUGGUCAAAGGAAACCAGGUACGUGUUUGUGCCGUGCGGGCAUCAGGAUUAUUACAUGGUGACGGCCGCUGUGAAGGGUGUGAGCGUGUCCAAGGGCCCUAAUAAAUACCAGAGUCCUCCCACGUAUUUUGGUAAAGAAGAUGUAGAAAAAAAAGUUAAAAUGCUCCAUCCUGAUUUUCUGCGAUACCUGAAAAACAAUUUCCUCCCAUCCACAAUUUUACAAACUCGAUUCAAGGAACUUUACAGACCAAGUACUGGAGCCAUUGCUCUGCUCACUGCCCUGCACACCUGCGAUCAGGUUUCUGCAUACGGAUUCAUCACCAGCAACUACAACAGUUUUCCCGACCACUACUUCGAUCCAAUCCAGCAGCUUAUCUUCUAUGUCAACCAUGACAUGAACUUCGAGAGGAUCUUGUGGAAGAUGCUUCGAAAGCUCAGGGUCAUGACCCUGUAUCAGCGUAGGACAGCCAAGGACUGAGAUGGCCUCUGCAGGAGUUGGGAAGAGCGUCGUCCUAGCUGGUAGAAUUUUAGAAAAAUAUGAAAUAGUUCUUGAAAUAGUUUAAAGCAGAAUCAGUGCAGGUUACUGACGUUUCUGAGACUCUUUAUGUAAACUAGAAACUAUUUUUAUUAUUUUACCAGGUAAGGCCUACUGAGCAAUGAAGCUCUUUUUCAGAAGCAACCUGGCCACAAAUGAUAGCGCAACAAAGGGGCUCAUCAUGUGGAAAUGUACAGCAGCCAAAUACUCUUAACGCAUGUUGCAAAAUCUGGAGGGAAAACCCGGAGUACCUGGAGAAAAAUCCACGUGACCACGGGGAGAGAGCAUGCAAACUCCAAAUAUACAGGCACAGCGUUGGGGUCGAACCCUCAAUCUCCUAUAUACCGGGUGACGUAGAUGUAUGAGAGUAACGAGCAACAACCUGUGAAUAUUUGUUCACUAAAGUUCCCAAGCUUAUAUACAUAGCCGUCAAGUUUGGAGACUGCCAAAAUGUGAGACAGCAGGGUAAACACGAAGCUUAACAACCUUCCACAUGGUAGUGAAACAGGUGCGCGAUCAACAUGUUAGAUGUCGUAGAUCUACAGUCCAGAUUGCCUCGUCGGCUGUGGUGGGGAGGGGGUGCUGACCUUUGCACUCCAUGGUGGGCACUUUUUAUUGCUGGCCACAGAGAAAAACAGAAUGUUUGUCCGGGCGCGAUACGAAUCUAUUUCCCCAUCACCGAGGGGUGUGGAAUUUGCCUGUCCUGCUGUGAGAUUGUAAAGUAGCUCCCACGUGUUAAAGAUACUAAAUCAUCCCAAGUUUCUAUAAGGCGGAUCUGGUGUUCGGAAACGCUGCCGAAAAUUGCGUUUUUUGUCCCGGUUUGAAAUUUGUUUGGCCUCGACGUCAUGAUCGGAGCAAAGGACGGGUAUAGUUAUUGACUGGGUGUGGCUUUUAUGAAAGUGGGCCAGGCUGACGGAAGGAGGGCCUUCGAUAGCUCACCGUGUGACCUCGUUGAGCCCUCCCAGAAAAGUAGCAUUACCGUGUCUCACCCAGUGCCAGCUUUGCGAUUUCGUUGCACUAUCUUGUGAAUUUUUGGUUUUCCUAAUGACAAUGUUGCUAAAACUAUCAACUUUCUCGAAAGGGAAAAUGUAGAUUAUUUUUAGAUAUUCAAUAUAUACACAAGGAUUUUUUUUAUCCGUUUUAUUUAACUUUUGUCACAUCUUCUCGUGAUAUUUUUGACUAUUUUAAGUUUAUUUACUUUCUUAGAUUAUUUUUGCGACUUUGAUGAGCUAGGAAAACGUCUCAGGUGAAACUCCGUGUCAUGGAGCCUGCACUGGCACUGGAAAAUAAUUCAUUGAUGCAUACCUGUCAACAACCCCUGAUCAGUGCCUACCUUAUUACAGACCAAUUCAGACCUUAUUGGUCACCCGGUGUCCUUAUAAAUCUGAACGUUCAUCCUACAAAGUUCUAUCACAGGGGAGAAACACAAACAAAUAAACAAAAUACAUUUUUUUGCUCGUAUUGAAACGGCUGUACAAGAUCUGGGCCUGAAAACUCAAUUUCCCUUUUCAAUAAUACGGGUAAACCGUAUGGGUUGACAGGUAUGUUGAUGCCAUAAUAUUAAAUGAAGGCACGCUGAAAAUGCCCUCCCUCUGUGCACUCCACAUAGCCUCCGAAUGCACCAGGCCUGACAAAAGAGGCUUUGUGAUGGCACCGAGGUGGCUGUGUCGAUAAUCAGUGGGAUGGUUAGCAAUCAUGCUCUGCUAAUUUCUGGAUAUACAGCAGUUGUAACCUGCAUUGUGUCAUUCCACAUAUACAGUACAAGUAUCUUUUUUUCCGAUAUAUGUAAUUCCAUGAAUAAUCAGUUCAUCUCACAAACGUUUUGAUUCGUAUUUAGGCUCUAUCGUGUUGCUAGUUUUCUACAACAGAGGUGAAAAGUGACUUUUCCCCGCAAUAAAAACACCGUUGUUACUUAAGGCCUGUGCAUCGUACGUUUUCGGUUUUUAAUGACAUUACUACCCGCGCAAUCGGACAUUCACGUCGCAAUACGGCCGACACUCAUUGCACAACAAUGUGCUUGCCACAAAUGAAACCACAACACCUCGGAUGACCUCGGCUGACCUCGUCAAGGAGCAUAAAUCCACCAACAUCCAUCACGCGGCGGCUUUUGGCUGCUCGUCAUCGAACAAAGACGACGGCGGCCACCGGCAUCGCGCGGCGCUUUCAGAUGCGCUUCUGCGGCCGUCUGGAACGCUCUUCUCCUUCCCGAUAUUAGAAAGCCACUGGGAGCUAUCGCAUACCGUGUCAAUCCCAUAUGAUUUACCCCGUAUUCUUGUACAGGGGAAUU